AUGGAUCAUUCACCCGGCUCAGUGCCGUCAAGCGACUCUUCCAACAAGUCAACACAUUCCGGUUAUCCUCCAGGGACACCAAAGCCACCUUUUGAACCUCCUCGGCGCCGGUCUUCUUUAUUUUUUGCCAAAGUCCUACACCAUUCUUUCUCUUCGAAAACACCCGCAGGAAAUGGGAAAGACAGUAGCGAACGUCAGAAGCCCCAACAAGACGCAAACUUGUCCAACACGGGCCGCAAACGAACCAAUCCGAGCCUGGCAAGGUCGGUCUUCAUGCCUGGUCACGUUGCACACAUGCAAAAGAAGUUUCAAAACGCAAAAGAUUUAUUCCGUCAAGAUGUUCAGUUCGCUGCCUCUCCUGUCGGCUCCAUUGAUUCCAGAUUGCCCCAGAGCCCUGGAACAGAGCAAUCCAAAGCUGCCGAUCCGAACCCUUCAGGAGACCCUGAGAAAGAAGCUUCAAAAACACCAUCCAAGGACUGGAGGUACUCUAGAGCACCCAAAGACAUUGCUGAAUUUGCAUUGGACGUACGGGAGCCUUUUCCUGAGGGAUCUCCGCGACUCCCAGACCUAUUCUCAGUCGAGAUGGACCAUGGCAAAGUCUUCGCCGUUGAGCCACCCAGCAGCGGAUUUACUUCACCUGUUGAUGAAGGAGGCUCCGCACCACAUCUGAAGGAUAUACCAAAUCUGUCCUCAGAUCCGGCAAAGACAGGCUUGAGAGGCUCAACCGAAAAAUAUGACGGCCCGUCUCCUUCAGGACGUCUGUCCACCACUGACUUGGAGCGACCAUUGUCAAAGCUUUGUGUGAGCGCUGAGUACGACAUGGAGAUUGAUUCUGCACAAGAGUCACCCAUCGUCAUUCAUCUCCUACGGAAGUCGGUAGAAUCAGAGGGACAGCACAAGGAAUCGUCAUCCAGUGCUGGGGAGGAGUUGGUCCUGGCCCCCACAGUGAGAGCAGCAGCUGACUCCGCGAAGCUGAAGCGUGGGAAGUUCAGCGACCUCUUCCCAAAGCCUCCAAGGCACAAUGGAAGUGAUGGCAGUGCAUCUGCUACCAGAGAAUUGCAGUAUGCCGACGUCGAACCAUGUCCGGAUCCUCUUCUACAUGCACGUGGACCUACAGUGUUAUGUCCUGAUCCGGCCGCUCAUUUCAGGUCUGCGACGCCGAAUGUACCAGGACCUCACGGCGUCUCUCCGGGUUCAAAUAUACAGGGCACCCAAGGACGACAGCAUGGGCAUCUUCCAGGUUUGGGUUACCCGCCACCUUUCAAUCGCGCUACAGCGACAGGCAGCCCAAUGCCAUUGCUGAGAGCAAUGUCGCCAGCAACAUCCACUGGACAAAAUGGUCACAAUGCAUGGUAUCCUCCUCCUGACUCCUACCAGUCGCGAUCUUAUUACCCUCACCACGAGCGCCUGAAUCGAGCAUAUGUUGCUCCAGCCUCGGAGCAUUUCCAGCCCGGUUGGUAUUAUGCCAGGGACAGCCCUGGCCCGUCAUCAAAACCCGGCCCACCAAUGUACUCUUUCUCAACGGCAGCUGCCAAAAUCGUUGGACGAGACCCGGCUCCUGAUUCCAGAAUUCGAGACUCGUAUAGAACAGACACCCUCACGCCACUGGCAAAGGCACCACCCAGUAGGUUCAGAAAGCACGGGAUCAUUGAUCUUGCCAAUGCUCGUGGAGUCGGUAAGUACUAUGGCGGUCCUUCAUAUCUGUCGAGGCCCCCUCAGCGCCCCGUGCACCCCCUGCGGCCUGCGAGGUCACAUUUGCCCGACGAUAUGCGGUUCAGAAGUAGUCCGCCAAGAUUACCGGUGGAGUCUGGACAACGUUUACAACUUAAAAAGAGGUCAAGAGAGACAGAGACACCCACGACUGAAAUUCUCGAAGACGAAGAAAUGGCAACCGAGUCAUUUGAUCCUAAAUUGAAACUGGAAGAAGGAGAAGAAGUCAUUGAAGUUGACGAAGAAACCCAGGCAGCUGUCCGAAUGAGCCUGUUCGGUGCUCCGGCUCCAAGAGCCAGCCGUGACGCCGGAAGGGGCAUCAAGGACUUGAGUCCCAACGUCAAGGUCUGGCGAAAAGGGGUGGAGCCUUCAGUGAGCAGGAAGAAGCGUCGACCCAGUUACUGGGAUGGAGAUUUAGAGGAAGUGAUGCGGAGUCCUGCAGCGAGACAUGUGGUCUCAUCGCCGAUCAAAAGGGACCAUGUGAGAUCCGAACGAGCUGAGGUCGAGUUCCAGGACGAUGAUGCCGACAAGGAGAACCAGAUGCUGCUGACCGAAGAAGAGCUUGAAGAUGUCUCCAGAGUGGUCGAGGGACCAACUAUUUUACAAGAGGACGUCUCCAUGGAACAUUAG